AUGCCCGCAAGCGACUUGAAGCGUUUUUUCGCUGACGUCCUGUCCAUUCUUUCUACGACAAUGCAGAAGGAGGGGUCGCGACAAGCUCUGAAAUAUAGAUUGGAAGGCACAAAAGAAGGGCUCACAAGCUGGGGUCAUGAAUACAUUCGCAACAUCGCUGGGGAGAUUGGUGAGGAGUUCAAAGAACGAACUGAGAAGGGCACAGAUGUGAGCGACCUCCUUUCGUUAGUUGAGGAGAUAGUGCCAUUCAACAUGCAGCACAAUGCAGAGGUUGAUGCUAUUGACCUCUUGUGCGAGGUUGAAAAGGUUCAGACGAUAGAGAAGCUUUGCGAAGAGCCCUCUUUUGGCCGCGUUUGCUUGUACCUUCAAGGCCUUGCAAAUUUUGCUGCGACACAGGCAGACAAAGUCAUGUAUCUUCAAGUGUGCAUGAACCUGUACCUCAAGUACAAGGAGUACAUUGGAGCGCUUAGAGUAGCACUGAAACUCAACGACCCAACGCUUGUUGCCAACGUGUUCAGUGCAUGCGAAGAUCGCUUGGUGCAGAAACAGAUGGCCUUCAUGAUUUCGAGACGAAAGUUCAACCAUGACUUUGAGGAGGAUGAUGAGCUGAAAGAAAUCGCUUCAGGUGAAAGCCUUUCAAAGCACUUUAUCUCCUUGGCCAAGGAGCUUGACGUCUUAGAGCCCAAACUCCCAGAGCAAAUCUACAAGUCUCACCUCGAGGAAAAGCGGUCGACAGCAGUCUUGGACUCUGCAAAGCAGAAUCUGGCAUCCUCAUUUGUAAAUGCCUUCGUCAAUGCCGGAUUCUGCAAGGAUGAGCUCAUGACAAUUGCUGAUUCAAAAUGGGUCUACAAGAACAAGGAGCAAGGCAUGAUGAGCACCGUUGGCUCUCUUGGCGCAUUGCUCUUGUGGGGUAUCGACGAAGGCUUGACACAGAUCGACAAGUACCAAUGGAGCUCAGAUGUGAAUUUGAAGGCGGGAGCGUUGCUAGCCUUUGGCCUUGUUACCUGUGGAGUCAAGAACGAAUGUGAUCCAGCUUGGGCAUUGUUGGGUGAGCAGCUGGAAGCAGAGGAUGCACAACUACGCUUGGCAGCUGUAGUUGGACUUGGCUAUGCAUACGCUGGCAGUUGCCGGGAGGACCUGCUAGAAAACCUGACCCCUAUGAUAGUGGACACUGCUUGUAGCAUUGAGUGCUCAGCAAUGGCUGCCGUGAGUUUGGGCUUGGUUUUUGUCUCCUCUUGCAACGAGGAGGUCGCCCAGGCGAUCCUUCAGACCCUUAUCGAAAGACAAGCUGUUGAGAAUGCCUUGAGUGGUACCUGGCCACAUUUCUUUGCCGUGGGUCUUGGUUUGCUGUACCUCGGUCAGCAGGAUGCCGCAGAAGCAACAUUGUCUGCCCUGGAUGCCAUCACCCAUCCGCUGGGAAAGUAUGCAAAGCUAACAGUUGAAGGCUUUGCAUUUGCCUAUUCCGGUGAUGUUCUCCACGUGCAGAAGAUGUUGCAAGCCUGCACAGACCACUUGGAAGAAGCAGAGUCCUUCCAUCAGGCCACAGCUGUCCUGGGCAUUGCUUUGAUAGCAUUUGGUGAAGAGAUUGGUGCUGAAAUGGCAUGUCGGUCCAUCGACCACAUUCUGCAGUACGGUGAGCUAACCUUGAGGCGGGCAGUCCCGCUGGCGUUGGCCAUUCUCCACCUCUCCAACCCGAAGGUCCUGGUGAUUGACACACUUGCCAAAUUGUCUCACGACGCCGAUCAGGACGUGGCAAUGGGUGCAAUCAUCAGCAUGGGUCUCAUAGGUGCUGGGACCAACAAUGCGAGACUGGCUGGGUUGCUGAGGCAAUUGGCCGCCUACUAUGCAAAGGAUCCCAAUGCAUUGUUUAUGGUCAGAGUCGCUCAGGGCCUACUCUACAUGGGCAAGGGGUUGCUGACCAUCAAUCCACUCUUUAGUGACCGUUUCUUGGUUGAUCCUGUUGCCUUCGGUUCUUUAACAGUGCUGGCCCAUUCAGUGCUGCACUUGAAGAACACGAUCUUGGGCAAAAGCCACUACCUCUUGUACAAUGUGGUGCCGGCCAUGCGGCCAAGAUGGCUGAUUACUGUCGAUGAGGACAUGAACGAGCUGAAAGUGGCUGUUCGAGUUGGCCAGGCAGUUGAUGUGACCGGUAUGGCUGGACGACCGAAACAGAUCACUGGUUUCCAAACGCGGACGACACCUGUGCUCCUCAACUUUCAGGACAGGGCUGAGCUGGCCACAGAGGAAUACUUGCCUGUUACUCCUGGUACCAUUCUAGAGGACUUUGUCAUCCUCAAAAAGAAUCAAAACUACAAGCCUGCGACUGGUGCGGCGUAA